GACAAAGAAAGCAUGCUUAGAGUUCUGAAAGCUGUGGACAAAUGUAAUGGCUACGUUUUUGGUUCUCUAGAGGACAGAAGCUUGGAGUCAUUAAUGUCUUGUGCAGUAGGUGCAGAGUUCGAGUAUGAUAAAAUUAAGGACAUUAAAGAACGUUAUAUGGAAGAUGAUGAAAUGAAUGAUGCUAGUUGA